AUGCCAUUUAUUUUUAAAGGCGCACCUAAAAAUUAUACUGGUUAUGCGCUUGGCGAUGAGGGUGUCACCGAGGAUGAAUUUCGAGAACUUUUGCUAGAGACAAAUGCCGACGGAGAAAGCCGCUUCUUUGGCUUUGCCAUGGUUGAUCUUUUUUCAACUGAACAAGUAAUUGCCGAUCAUCCAGAAAUUCCGCCGAUUUUUGUAAAGAAAACACUCUGCGCUGAAGAUCUUCAAGGUGAUUUGCUGAAUACUCUCUCUGAGCAGCAAAAGAAGAAUCUUUUUCCGUGUGAUGAGAAUGUAUUUUGCUAUCAUGCUGAGAAUUAUUUGGCAACAUCUGACACUCUUCUCUACUAUGCGAAAAAGGGCAUCACUUUCAAGUUAAAGUACUUUGUACAAUACACGCGCCGAAAACCAUUUCACAAGUUUAUCAGAUCAAUGGUUGCCGAUCGAGUUCAAGCUGUGCGCGACAAAGAUGCCAGUCUCUCGAAUCUCGCCAAAUUUUUACAAAACUCUUGUGUUGGCAAUUUUGCAGUCAAUCGAAGUCGAUUUACAGAUACGAAAAUCGUCGCUGCCGAUGGUCUGUAUCGAGCUUUGAGAAAUCCUCUUUUGAAGCAAAUGGAAACGCUAAAAUCCGAUGGCCAUCGAGUUGAUCCUCUCCACGAAGUUAGCUUUAAAAAGAAGCGAAUAAUUGAAGAUUUGGCCAUACACAUUCAGAUUUUUGUUUAUCAAAAUAGUAAGCUUCUCUUUUUCAAAUUUCUCGAUGUUUUACGCAAGUAUAUGCGCGAGGGUUCCUAUCGAUUCUGUUAUUGCGACACUGAUUCGUUUUUACUCGCAUUGACAAGACCAACACUGGAGGAGCAUGUGCGGGAUGAGCUGCGUCAAGAAUGGGACAAUAUAAUUGUUAAAAAAUGGUUUGCAACUGAUGAGCCGGAAUCUCAAAAGGAGCCCGGAUUAUUGAAAAUCGAGGAGCAAAUCACUCGUGGUUGGUUUAUUGCUCUUUCGCCAAAAUGCUAUAUUAUGAGUGAAUGUUAUACGAGCGAUUUCGAAAAAAAAUUAUUGGAUCCUGCAAAUCGAGCCCACAUUUACAAAUUACUUGACGAGUAUAACAACACCAUUGCCAGCGAAGGAGGAGGCGGUGGAAAUGAUCAAAACACAGUUGCGAAAAAGCGCUCAGCCAAAGGCGUUGCUCAUAUGAUAAAAUUAAAGUAA